UGCCAGAGACAGGAUCUCUGAGGCACCCAGGAGUGUCCCAGUUUCUCUCUGCUGCGCUCAGUGAAACAUCGCCUCGACCAUGAAGGCAGCUGGUGUUUUCCUGCUCCUCUCCCUGGCACUCUUCUUCUACCAAGGAAACGCCGAGAUGGAAGCAGCUGCUUUCAGAGGAACAGAGCCUUCUUGUGAGAAUUUCAACCUGGGAAGAGGGUGUACCAGGGAGUUUGACCCCAUCUGUGGCACGGAUAACCUCCUGUACAGCAACGAGUGCCUGCUGUGCCUUCACAACCUGCAAAGAGGCGACCACGUGCGCAUCAAGAACAGAGGAAUGUGCCAAACUCCCCGCAACAACCUCGCUUAAACUGACAUGAGGGAUGGGAGCACAAAGCUGUCCCCUCACCUGCUCAAACCCCAAUAAAAUGGAAGCAUCGCCA